UUUAUUUUGGAAGAAAGGAAAAAAAAGACGAAAAAUCCAGGCAAGGCAAAGCAGCCGGGGAGGGAAGGGGAUCCAAAUCCAGAUCCGCCGCCGCCGCCGAGAGCCGAGAUGAUGAUGAUGGGUCGCCGGAGCGGAGAAGGCGGCCGUAGCAGACAGGGCCUGGGCUGGGCUGCGUGUUGCCUGGGAUUCCUGCUCAAGCUGCUCGCCUUCCUCCAGGCCUUCGCCGCCGUCUCCGCCAUCCUCUACGCCGCCUGGAUCCUCUCCCGCUGGGCGCGUCACCACCACCUCCACCUCCAGGACCUCCUCCCCGGCCUCUGGUUUCCAUCGCUCGUCAUGGCGGCGGGACUCUUCUACUGCAUCCUGCUCCUCGCGGGCUACCUGGCGGCCGAGAUCAACACCGGAUGCUGCCUCUGCUUCUACACCAUCCCGGCCAUGGCUAUGAUGCUGCUCGAAGCUGCCCUCGCCGCUCAUCUCACCAUCAACGAGCACUGGAUCCAGGACCUGCCCGAUGACCGCACCGGCGAACUCCACAACUUGCUCUCCUUCAUCCACAAUAACCUCGACCUAUGCAAAUGGGUUGCUCUUGCCAUCUUCGCCACGCAGGCACUCUCACUGUUCUUGGCCAUGAUUUUACGAGCCAUGCUGUCUGCCCGGACCAUGGACUACGACAGUGAUGAAGACUUUGUGGUCAUAAGGAGGCCGCUCCUCGUUGCCCAAGCUCCUCCGCCUUAUCUUCCCACCACAGUUGAUACCAGAGGUUUCCGUCCAGACCUCUGGAGCUCAAGAAUGAGACAGAAGUAUGGAUUGAACACAAGUGACUACACCUACAACACAGUGGAUGCAAAUGCAGCACCGCCUCAGUGAGCAGAGCAGUCACGUGACAGAUGAAGAAGCAUGUGUCCGUUCCAAGCACCUGGUAUGUACAGGCAUCGUAUCUUGUAACCUUUCCUGUCUGCUUGUAACCUUUUCGAAUAUUGGUUGAUCUUCCAUCGCAUUGUACCGUGUCACCUUGUUGUCGAUGAUAUGCGUGUACUGGUGGUUAUGUGGCCGCCGUGUAUCUGUAUAGUUCUAGUCCUGCACAGCUGCUUUUGGGGGUGUUGCCAUUGCUUGUACAGCAUGCAUUAUGUGGCCGCCGUGUAUCUGGAUUGCAAAAUCAUGAAAGAUGUUAUCACAAGAUGAAGUGAAUCUGUUGUGCUCGA